UCUCUCUCUUCCGACGCCUCUCUCUCCCUCUCUCUCUCUGCUCUUACGUUUCUUUCUUUGAGAAGUAGAGAACCUACAAACCUGGAUAUUAGAUACCUGAAUCCAUGGAGAGCACAGAUUCGUCAUCAGGCUCGCAGCAGCCUCAGCUCCCACCGGGCUUCCGUUUCCACCCAACCGACGAAGAGCUCGUCGUCCACUACCUGAAGAAGAAGGCGGCAUCCGCUCCACUUCCUGUCACCAUCAUCGCCGAAGUCGAUCUCUACAAGUUUGAUCCUUGGGAACUUCCAGAUAAGGCGACUUUCGGAGAACAGGAGUGGUAUUUUUUCAGCCCUCGAGACAGGAAAUACCCAAACGGAGUGAGACCGAAUCGAGCUGCUACGUCUGGCUAUUGGAAGGCAACCGGAACAGAUAAACCCAUAUUGACUUCUGGAGGGACUCAGAAGGUUGGAGUUAAGAAGGCUCUCGUUUUUUACGGAGGGAGGCCUCCCAAAGGUAUCAAAACCAAUUGGAUUAUGCAUGAGUAUCGACUUACAGACGGUAGCAUUUCCAAGCCUCCCAUUGUUGACAUUGCUUCCAAGAAGAGCUCUCUUAGGCUUGAUGAUUGGGUACUAUGCCGGAUCUACAAGAAGAAUAACUCCCAGAAGCCGAUGGAUCGGGACAAGGAAGAUUCCAUGGAUAACGUGCUUGGAUCUCUGCCAACAGAGAUCAAUGGCCCACGGAAUCAGAAAUCCCAAGGGCAGAAGCCCACCAGUUACAGUGUAUUGCUUGAAAACGAUGAGAACUUCUUUGAAGGCCUACUAACUGAAGAUGGCGUCAAUGGAAAUCCCAAUCCCAUACCCCAAUUAGCAUCAUCUACAAGUUCGAAGACUCAUCUCUCGAUGGUUCCAGCAGCCAUAGGUUCACUCCCCCAAAAGCGGACACUUGCAUCUCCAUACUGGAACGAGGUGGGAUCUGCAUCCAAGAGGCUCCAAAGCAUCAAUGAUAGCAUGAUCGGUGGCAGUAACAGCAAUUCGAUAUCGACGUUGAUCAAUCAACUUCCACAAGGGACUCCUUUCCAUCAUCAGACUCUUCUUGGGUCCAUGGGCGAAAGCGUUUUCCGGCAACAAUACCAGCUUCCAAGCAUGAAUUGGAAUUCCUGAUCUAGUUUUUUUUUUUUUUUUUUGGUUGGUGGGCCACCACCAAAUAGGGAAGACUAUGAAAUCAUUCUUCCUAUGGUCAAUAUACACAGCUCGAAGAGGAAUGAAAUCAGAAACUCCCUAGUGCCAUGUGUCAGCAUCCCAAAGGGCUGGUGAGCAUCAAACGCCCAUGCCGAUAUUUAGACACCGUUGGAUCUGGUGUCAGGGGUGAGAUUGGGGUCACAUGAAACAAGUACGGACCAAUGAAAAGGGAAGUAGGCCAUGGUUUUCUAUGACUAUAACGGUUUCUGCGAA